GGCGAGACAGACCCGCUGUGGGGAAGGGGCCGGGCCUCAGGCGGGCCCCUGGGGCUGCUCCCGCCUCCUGAUGGGCGGAGGCGGAGCCGAAGCCGGCCCGCUGCAGGAGCGCCUGGGCCCGUUUGGGAGGCGCGUACGGCCGGCUCGGGCCUGCCGGGGUAACGGCGGCAUCCUCCGCUGGGUGGACGGCGCCUGGCAGCGCGGCAGAGGCGUCCUCGAGGGCUUCAGCCACGUACUUCCUUUCUGACUUUCAGUGGCAGUGAGAAACUAAAGACCUUAAAGUACGACGCCUGUGGCCCCUUGCUCAGCAGGAACAAUGCUGCAGCGAUGAGAUUACAGUGAGCCCUUCCUGUGUGGCCUCCAUGGGUCCGACUCAACUCAGCACACAGGAUCAUGGGAAGAGGGUGGCAAGUGUAUUUGAGAUGGAGGAGGAAGGACUUUCGCUCUUCCCUGGUUCAGAAACUCCCCCUGAGCAUGCAGUAGAAAAUCCCCCCCUGAAGCGGAAGAAGGGCCCAGCCCCUAAGAUGCUGGGAAAUGAAGUGUGCAGCGUGUGUGGGGACAAGGCCUCUGGCUUCCACUACAACGUGCUGAGCUGUGAAGGCUGCAAGGGCUUCUUCCGGCGCAGUGUCAUCAAGGGUGCACAGUACGUCUGCAAGAACGGUGGCAAGUGCGAGAUGGACAUGUACAUGCGUCGCAAGUGUCAGGAGUGCCGGCUGCGCAAGUGCCAGGAGGCAGGCAUGCGGGAGCAGUAUGUUCUGUCUGAAGAACAGAUCCAGCUGAAGAAACUGAAGAAACAGGAAGACAAUCAGGCUCGGACAGUUGUGGUGCGUCCAAACCCUCCAAAUCCACCAAGCCCUUCCCACAAGCUGACGCCUGAACAGUUGAGCAUGAUAAAGAAGCUCGUGGCUGCUCAGCAGCAGUGCAACCAGCGCUCGUUCACAGACAGGCUCAAAGUGACGCCGUGGCCACAGGUUCCUGACCCUAACAACCGUGAAGCAAGGCAGCAGCGUUUUGCUCAUUUCACAGAGCUUGCAAUUAUCUCUGUGCAAGAGAUUGUGGACUUCGCCAAGCAGCUCCCUGGCUUCCUGGAGCUCACCAGGGAAGAUCAGAUCGCUUUACUGAAGACAUCUACCAUAGAGGUUAUGUUGUUGGAGACAUCUCGGCGCUACAAUCCAGAGAUCGAGAGCAUCACCUUUCUGAAGGACCUGAGCUAUAAUCGGGAUGACUUCGCCAAAGCAGGUCUGCAGUUUGAGUUCAUUAACCCCAUUUUUGAGUUCUCAAAGGGAAUGAAUGAGCUACAGCUCAACGAUGCUGAAUAUGCACUUUUAAUCGCCAUCAACAUUUUCUCUGCAGACCGACCAAAUGUGCAGGACCAGUCCCUGGUGGAGAGGCUGCAGCACACCUAUGUGGAAGCCCUUCAUUCUUACAUUUGUAUCAACAGACCAAACGACCGCCUGAUGUUUCCACGGAUGUUAAUGAAGCUGGUCAGUCUGCGGACGCUGAGUAGUGUCCACUCCGAACAGGUGUUCGCCCUCCGGCUGCAGGACAAGAAACUCCCUCCCCUGCUCUCAGAAAUAUGGGAUGUGCAUGAGUGACUGCAUGCUCCCAGGGCACUGACGUGCUGACAUAAUGCCAUCUCCCAGCCUUUGCUAAUGAGAAGCCAGCCUCCCCUCUCCAAAGCACUGAACUCUGGGCUAGGCAGUGCAGGGAGUGAUGAGCCAGAGGUUUUAAUGUUGUCAUGAGAUUUGUGUGGGAGGAAGCAGGGGCAGAUCAGCUGGGGGGGUUGGUUUCAGUGUAGUGCCCAUACCCCAAAGGAAUAACACGCAAUGUCUGAAAACGGUAGAAAUGAAGACCUUCCCAGCAUACACAUACGCCUCUUUCUUCAGAGUCUUUCUCUUCUCUAAGCAUGUCCUGAGGGCUUGCCCAUUGAUCCUCUCCUCCCUCAUUGAUUUGCAAGAACUUGCCAAACCCUCUCUGUUGGGAGUAACCCAGCUCAAAAGGCUUCUGCAGGGUCCCCAGUGUACCUGGAUCUGAGGAGCUCAGGGAAGUCAGUGUGGAUGUUCUAGGGGUUUCACUGGGUUUCCUAUCAAUAAAAUCUCUUGUAUGUGAUGCCCUUUACCAUGA